AUGGAUCCCAGACCAGACACCUUCCCGGCAGGCAGCCGUCAGAUAACCGGCACAUUAGGCUCCAUCCCCACCGAAGUAAGCCGUCUCGACUUUUCGGACAAGAUACUCCUCACUAUAUCUCAGCAUGGCAGAUUAUCACAAUGGAUCCAAGUCCCCCUAACAGGCUCCUCAGCCGACCAAGUUGAGAUGGCCCUCCCCUCGGCUGGCACCUCCCUCCUCCCCUCCGCCCACCUCACUCCCAAGACUCUCCUGGGCGGUGGGGGUCAGGACCGGGAGACCAUCGGCCAGCUGUACGCCGCGCAGGUCGCCAGCCAGAUUUCCCUGCGUGCGCCGGACGAUAGGCGCAUCCUCGUACUCGGGCUGGGCGUGGACCUGGCCCAGUUCCAGGCUGAUGCGAAGGCGAGUAGCAGGGCUGACGCGCAGAGACAGACGUUUUUCGAUUUCCUCGAGCUGGUACAGCGGGUCUUGUAA